UUUUCUUCCCCAUUUCCAUCCACAGCAAGCUCACUAUCCACAGCCAUCGAUCCCCGUCGACUUGGGCACCAUUUUCGUCCUAUUUGGACCUGUUUUGGCCCAAUAUCACGCCGUAUACUCGUUGAGAGUGAGCUGGGGUGUAGUCCGCCCGCUGACCGCCUUUGGAUAUGGCUCGCAUUGCUGCGCGCGUUGCCGGGCAGGAUAUCCAUGCGUUGAAGGGGAGUCCGCCAAGGAGACGGUGGACGAGGAGUCAGAGUCGGGAGCUGGAGGCUCAUCCGAUAGACGAUGUGCCUGCUGGGAAGUCUUCUCUCAAGAGUAGCAGGCUAUGGAAGGGUAAAGCGAAAAUGAGCGGUCACGACUUGAGUGUCGUCGCAGAAGAAUCACCGGUCAAGCCAGCCACGAAGUCAGGACUUCGUGCUCGCCAUGUGAUCCCUGAAUCGCCUGAGGAUGUGCAUAACAACACGAUGUCGGGCUCCACCAUCAUCGUCCCUGACGCAGAAACAGAUCAAGAGGAUGAGGAUGACCAGGACGAUAACGAUCUGGACCCAGAGUUGAUGCUCGAAUCUCUUCCUGGCUUGGAACGAUCUGCAAAGGAUGUUCUCGACUUUCUGGUCCCCAGCUCCGCGGAUCUCAAAAGUAUCGUCAACAUGGCCAAACGACUCUCAGAUCCCAGGAACACCCAAAGCAAACGUCUGACCCUGCGUAAGGCCGCCUUGAAGAACCAGCCCGGAUGGUUCGAGGGUAAGACGUACAUCGACGUCACGCGAGCUAACGAGUCCCUUUCCUCCCACUUGACGAAGGAUGGGGUCGAGUUGAACUGGAGUGCGGAGCCUAUCCUCCACCGCGCUAACUGUGCCCGUUUUUCACUCGAGGUGCUCCUGGCUAGCGGCAAUUCGAACGCCUUCAAAAAGGCCAUACGGGACGUAGAAAGUCUGUUUCCGUUGCCUUUCAUGCGUGAUCUGGUCACUUGUCGGGGGGAUGCCGUUGGGGAAAGCGCGCUUGUUAAAGACACGUUCCAGCUCGCCUUGGAGAUCCGCACUCAGUUCUUGAUCAUGCAGUUAGAGAACCAUCAGCAUGAGCACGCCUUCGAUCCAAACUUCAUCUUGGAAGACGGAUUCUUCCUCGAUGUGUCUGCCGACGAAGCGUUUGACAGCAGCGAUGCUCUAAUGCGUGGGUUCAACUUGCCAAGGCUUAAUGUUGAAGGGUCUCUUCCCGACGAAUUCAGAGAGGCAGCAUACGAUCGCUUCGAAGAAAUGGUCGCCAACCUGCCCGAUGAAGAUGACAUCUUUGAUAUUGACGACCUAAAAACCACCUAUCCCUGGCGGAGCUUCCUUCUGCGAGCGGCUCGCUGGAUCCGCAAACGGUGUGAGGAAAUUGACGAAGACUUAAACCGCCAGCAGAGUGCAGAAGCUGCGCGGGAGGAAUUUUUCGCGGAAAUUGACGCAAAGGACCGUCGAAGUAGCAGCGUGGCGGAUCGCUCUAGUUUGGCUCUCCGGCGUACAGAAGAACGGAGCACGAUCGCUUCUCCCGACAAUCGAAGAGAUUCAGUGAUCCCACCCACAACUCCCAAAGACACGCCGAGGACCGCUGAAUCCAAGGAGCGGAGGAAAUCUGGCAAACCGGCAUUCUUGAACAAAUCGUCUCUUGAACGCAUAGCACAAAGAAGGCUAAACCCUCUGGCGUCUGUCAAGAACUCUGACGUGCGCAGACAAUCGGAUGGCGCCGCGAGACCAGCUCCAGCAAAUGGCCAGAAGGAAUCUGCAUCCCAGCUUCGGCGUCAGACCCUACCAGCAUCCCGGCUAUCGAGACGGACACCAUCGGAAGAGGCUACCGAAGAACAUUUCGAAGAGUCUGUUGAAGAGCUAGCUGAGGAGCCUACCGAAGAACCUGUCGAACAGCCUACUGAAGAACCUGUUCAGGAGCCCACUGAAGAGCCUAUCGAGGAACCCAGCGAACAGCCUGUCGGGGAGCAUACUGAAGAACCUAUCGACGAGCCCAAUGAAGAAACUAUCGAAGAGCCCACCGAACAGCUUGUCGAAGAACCCACUUUCCAUGAAUCCCCGUCACUCGUUCAGCACGACGAACAGGACUUCAACGUAGACAGCGAGUCCGAACUCUUCGUCGGCGAACGCACACAGUUAGAAAAGUCCCACAGUCCCGUGAUGAGAAGGACUUCACGCGAGCCCCGGUAUGCCAGUCUGGGCCCAGUCAGGACUAAACUCUUCGCACCCGAGUUACGGCUCGAGCCGACCUCUACGCAGACGUCGCGCCCUAUGCUCUCCAGUCUUGAACUGUGGAAAGCAGCCAACGGCGACGGACCAUCAUCACAACCCAGCAAAAAGCCCGAACAGGCCUCCCGGUUCAUCGACCGGCAAGCAAACGCGCACCGCGUGUCCCCUAUCAGCCAAGCCGACCCACAAAGCGCCGAACGGCCCCACCCCCCCGAAGUACAGUCCAGGAAACGGCGACGCCAGGAAUCAGAGGAGGAUGACGAGAGCGACGGCGAGUUCAGCAACUACAGUCGGCCCGUCGACACCGUCCGCAAGCGCGCAGAAAAGCCCGUGCGGCCUCAGAACAAACGCCAGCGAAUCGAAGAACAGGACGAGUCUGCAGCCCAGCUGCUGAACGGUCUGGAAGAGACCGCGCGCAGAAGCACCGUUCCUGAAUCCCCCGAGGCAGCGGCUCGGAGCACCAAUCCCGUCCCUGUGUCGUCAAGCGCGAGACACACGGUCGCGUCGACCAAGGCGCCGGUACGAUGGACGGCGGCCGAGGACAAGCGACUGAUUCGGUUAAUCGAAGAGGUCGGGCUGGGCGGGCCCAAGGGCAGUGGGUGGUGCAAAAUCGCCAGUCAAAACGAGGCGCAGCCCGUUCGGGAGGGGGAGAGCCGCAUUGAAGGGCGAAACCAGGUUCAGCUCAAGGACCGUGCGAGAAACAUCAAAAUCAGAUAUUUUAAGGACCGAAAAACUUUGCCCUCAAACUUCGAGCAUGUGACCAUGAAAGAGAAAGACCGGGCCAUGCUUGCGGCCAAGGGCAUCAACGUGCCUCAGUAGCUCCUUUUCGCAUCUUUUCUCUGCUUGCGCUUAGUCUGUCUUCCUUCGGCUUGUCAUAUGUUCUCCAGAAUGAUACCCUUGAUGCGA